AUGAAGAGUAAGAAGGAGACAGAACGACAAGAGCAAGAGCAAGAAGCUGAAGAGAAGUUUGUUGCCACCGUCACAUCGACGGCAACACAGGGACAGAGACACUGUCGCAACCAGUCGAGUGAAACUCCACGACAAACAGAUUCUUCCUCCAACAGGGCUGUAUCUCGGCAUGGCCUUCAUCACAGCAAAGAAGACAUGGUAGUCAAACUAUCAGCUGCUAUGGGUAUCAAGGAAAGCAACAAGAUGGGUGCAGAGAAUCGAGUAGGUGCCGUGUCAAUUGAUUCUUCUAGUCUUGGCUUUGGACGCGGAAAGCAAGAUGCCGAAAUCAAACGCACAGCAGCAACCGGCACCCACCAGAAGAGCAGGACUGUGGACAUGGAAUCGGGACCUGUACCAAUGGAUUCUACUUCUCUCCACAGUGUGGCAUCUUCCAAUCCUGGCAUGGGACGCAGCAAGCAGGAUGCCAAAAUCAAACAAGCAGCCGCAGCUGGGCUCCGACGGAUUAGCAUGACUGCAGACAUCAAACCGGGAGCUGUAUCCAUGGAUUCUGCUUCCUUCCACAGUGUGGCAUCUUCCAGCCCUGGCCUCGGCCUCGGACGCGGCCAAAAAGAUGGUGAAAUCAAGCGCACAGCAGUAACGGUGUGGCAUCUUCCAGUCCUGGCCUCGGACGCAGCAAGCAAGAUGCCAAAAUCAAACAACAAGCAGCAGCUGGGCUCCGACGGAUUAGCACGACUGCAGACAUCAAACCCGGGAGCUGUACCCAUGGAUUCUACUUCCUUCCACAGUGUGGCAUCUUCCAGCCCUGGCCUCGGCCUCGGGCGCGGCCAAGAAGAUGCUGAAAUCAAGCGUGCAGCAGUAACGGGUACCCACCUGAAUAGCAGGACUGUGGAUGUGAAACCUGGAGCUGUACCAAUGGAUUCUACUUCCCUCCGCAGCGUGGCAUCUUCCAGUCCUAGCCUUGGACAAAGCAAACAAGAUGCCGAAAUCAAACAACAAGCAGCAGCUGGGCUCCGACGGAUUAGCACGACUGCAGACAUCAAACCGGGAGCUGUACCAAUAGAUUCUAGUUCUCUUCACAGUGCCAGUCCCGGCCUCCGACGGGGCAGACAAGAUGCCGAAAUCAAGCGUGCAGCAGUAACAGGCACUCACCAGAAUAGCAUGAAUGUGGACAUGGAACCGGGAGCUGUGCCAAUGGAUUCUACUUCCGUCCACAGUGUGGCAUCUUCCAGUCCUGGCCUUGGAUGUGGCCAAGAAGAUGCCAAAAUCAAAGUUGCAGCAGCAGCUGGGCUCCGACAGAUGAGCAUGACUACGGAAGAUGAACUGGGUGAUGUACCAAUUCAUUCUACUUCGCAUCACAGUGUGGCAUAUUCUAGUCCGGGCCUCCGAUGUGGCAGACAAGAUGCCGAAAUCAAGCGUGCAGCAGUUGCUGGCGUCCAAUACAAUAAGGCAGACACAGACAAAGAAACACAAACAGGAACUGGAACCCAACACCAGGAAGAACCAGACGAAACGCCUAUAGGGACGCACACAGUGACUCCCGGAGAACCGCUUGGAUUUUCUACGACCCCAGUCGGCGCAGACACGGAUACAGAUGCAGACCCAGACCUAGACCUUGAUGCGUCGAUUCCACCAGAACAAGCCCCAGGUACCCUUGAGGAUGGCCUUCCCGUGGCCAUCGAAGUAUCUGACAACUUUGACCUACCCGUAGCGGAUUUGGCUCCUACUGGACAGUAUAAGGACAGAGCAGAAAUGAACAAGCAAUCACUCAUCCUGCGCACAUUAUUGUACGGUGGCUGUGUUGCCGCCGUUGUCAUUAUGGUGACUGUGCUGGUCAAAUAUAGUAGAAACGACAAGGUCACCAACAACAGUGUAUCUGAUUCACCCACCUACUCGCCACGGCUCCCAGAAAACACCCAAAACUUGUCUGGUGUGGAGCUCCUAGUUUUGGAAGCUUUGUCCAAUCAUACUCUGGAAGCACUGGAGGAUCCCAACUCUCCCCAGUCCCUUGCCUAUGGGUGGAUACUGGAAGACUUGGAAGAAAACAACUACACACACGCCAGCAGGAUCAGGCAAAGAAAGGAGGAUUGCACUCCCUGUGAGAUCCCAUCCAACUCGCUCAACAGCUCCAACCAAGCUGUCCACAUGGAAUACGACCCUUAUCAACACAUCUUGCUCCAUUCCAAUGCUCUGCAAGGCACCUUGCCACUAGAACUGUUCUGGUUAACAGACCUCAAGACAAUUUCCAUUUCCAAGAAUAGUGAUCUCACCAGAACUAUAUCUUCCCAUAUUGGGAAGUUGAGGCAGUUGGAAUUGUUCUACAUCGACGUCACAAUGAUAUCUGGACCAAUCCCUACAGAGUUGGGACUUCUUUCUGACACCCUCUCUAUAUUUUCUGCCAUCAAAGCUCAACUUGAAGGCACAGUUCCCUCGGAGCUUGGGCUGCUGCAAAAGUUCGAAGAAUUCUCCGUGGAUGGAAACAUGAUCACAGGAGCCUUACCAGAGGAACUGGGGGAUGCCACCAGUUUGGAUUCCCUAGUGUUCAUUGGGAACUUUUUAUCUGGGACUAUACCAGAAUCUAUUUGGCAUCUCCCCUUGAACACUCUUGCUUUGGGGCAGAAUCAACUCACAGGAACCAUACCUACGGAAAUUGGGUUGCUGAGCAAUCUCACCUAUCUGUCUCUUGCUUUUAAUGGUUUCUCCGGAGAGAUACCAUCGCAGAUUGGAUUUUUGACUGAUGUUGCAAUUGUGAAUCUCUAUUUCUCCAGCUUUACCGGCACCAUCCCUACAGAGAUUGGUCAGCUCUCUGCUGUCGAUUUCCUUGGGUUGAAUUCCUGCACCUUCACUGGAACUAUUCCCACCGAGAUUGGCCUCCUAACGAACUUGAGACUGGGCUUUGGGGCAGAUGGCAACAGUCUCACAGGAUCAGUUCCGAGUGAAAUUGGCCAAAACAUCAACCUGGAAGCUUUGUCUUUGGGCAAUACCAACCUAACCGGAACAAUACCAUCUGAGUUGGCGAAUGCGCCAUUGACCAUGCUAUUUCUGGAAAACUCUCUUCUGUCUGGCUCUCUCCCUGAAGGGCUCAGCCCAAAUAUUUACUACUUGUCGUUGUCGAACAGCACAUUCCUGACUGGCACAAUCCCCCAAAACCUGACAAGCUUGGAUUUUUUGAUGGUGGCAGGGACAGGGUUGUCUGGAAUACUGCCAGAAUAUGUCUGCGGAGAUGAUUUUCUUGGUCUAAGUUUUGACUGCAGCCCUUUGCUAUGUGGAUGCAGUUGUCUUUGCUCCAAUGAAACCAACAGCUCUACAUGA